GCGACCUAAGGAGUGCACGCCUGUUACACGUCCUUCGUCUUUCCCCGUACCUCCCAGAGAAAUGUGCGGCUUGGUGGUGAUAGCAACGCGCUGGUGGCUGGCGUGGCUCCUGGUGUCCGUGGCUUGCCUGAUGGCGCUGCUGGGGGCAAACCUCUCGCCCUCGUGGCUCUUGGCUCCCCCGUACGACGACCACUCCGCUGAGGCCGACCUCCUGAAGGGGUCCGCGGCGGGGCAGCCUGUGAUGUGCGCGGAUGGGACGCGGGUCUCCGAAGUCGCAGGGUGCAAGCCAGUGUCUGAGCGCCCGUCCAUAGGCCUGUGGAUCCGAUGCGUGUUUAUGAAAGCCUACUUGAAGCCUGCCCUCCACUGCGGCGUCUAUGCGACCAGAGUGUCCGAUCUGCCCCCAGCACAGGUGGCAUCCUUGAUAGCAGUCGUAGCAGCGACGGCAAUAACGACGCUCACUUGUUUUGCCAUCUUCUCGGCCACCUGCGUGCGCGUCAUCAGGGGGCGCAGCUGGUUCACUACCAUCGGCACGAUACAGGCCGUCGCCGGGUACAAAAGGAAAAUCAUGAAUCAUCAGAGCACUGAUAAACAGGUUUGGCUUGUUAUAGGAAUCUCAUUUAAAUUCUUUAUUGCAAGUGUAAUUACAUGUAACAUGCACAGUCAUAAGGCUUCUCAAUCAACUGUUUGCUAUAUUGUUACAAACCAUUAUACUGUCAAUUUUGAAGAGAGUCUUCAAUUUUGCAGUGUAGCAUAUCCUUUACCAGUAUCUGGUUAA